AUUUACGUGCAGGUUUGCAAUGGCGAAAGAGAAGGGAGGAUUCUGCAACAAAGGAAAUUAAAUAAACAAAGAAAGAAAGGAAGAAGAAAAAGGAAAUGGCAGCAAUAUUUUUGUCAAAGAGAACCACCAUUAACAUCUCUAAAGCAUCACUACUAAAACAAAAGCCUCCUUAUGUCUGCUUUUCCACUGCCUUUGAACGUGCUGAGACAAGAGGAGAAGGAACAGGACCAGAUGUGAGACCAGAAAUAUCAAGUAACGAUCCAGCAGGUACUCAAAGGCAUGUACGAGGCAAAGCAACAAUCAUUAGACAUGGAUGAGAGCGCAACCGCUGGAGCAACUCAGUUUGUAGCUGACUCGGCCAAAGAAGGUGUUCGAAAAGCUACAGAAAUUGCAGAUACUGUUGGAGAUACAGCUAAAAAGACCAUGGAUGGUGCUUGGAAUGUAAGUAAAGAGAUUAAUCAAAAGAUUAAGGAAUCAGUAGCCGAUAAUGAAAUAGAUGUACCAGUUGAUACUGUUGAAUAUAGAAAUUACAUGGAGAGAGGAAUAGAGGAGUUAAGGAGAGUAGGUUUUUGAAUUGUCAAAAGUUUUGUGCUAUAGAUUGUCAUAUGAAUCAAAUGUUUUUCUUUUUUAAAAUAAUAAAUAAUAAUAUAAAUACUGUAAUUAUACUGUAA